GCGCCGUCGCUCUGUUCGCUCAGUGGAAGCGGUCGGAAAAGUCUGCCAAACCCGUCAGACGUACUAACUAGCCCAUUGUUGUUGUUGUUGUUUUUUGAAAAGCGAUCUCAUCUGCAACCGUGGGGGGAUCGCGGCUCCAUGUAGAUACACAGGCCGACUGACUGACGGUGGGAAACAGGCGUUUUGAACGAGAUGAGGUCGGGCGACUUCCUAACCGCGGCGGCCGACAAGUAAACGGCAUCCUUAACACAUAGAUAUCGUGUUGUUCCUUCCGUCCACUUUGGUGACUUGUGCUGCGCUGAAAGCGGCCAAUAAACGCCUUGCUGUUUAAGAUAUGUGACGCAGUAGAUGUGUUUAGGUCUUGUUUAGCAGUAAAGCAGAAGAAAAAAGACAAACUUGCCAUUAGGGCCUAGUCUCUUCUUUUUUUUUGGAUUGUUUUUUGUGUGGCACUGCCUAAACUGAAGCCCAGACAUGUCACUGGAGGACCAUGAAAGGCAUUUCGCCUCGUUAAACUCAGAUCUGGGCAGCGAGUCCGUCGCCAGCAGACAGUCCACGUCGGGCACGUUUGGUGGCGAAGAGGAGAAACUGCAUUACAUUCCCAUCCGGAUUCUCGGGAGGGGGGCGUUUGGGGAAGCGACCCUUUACAGGAGAACGGAGGAUAAUUCUCUGGUGGUGUGGAAGGAGGUGGAUUUGAACUGCCUCUCAGACAAAGAGCGCAGAGAUGUCAUGAACGAGAUAAGCAUCCUCUCCAUCCUGCAGCACAAUAACAUCAUAGCCUACUUCAAUCAUUUCAUGGAUAAAAACACUUUACUCAUCGAAUUGGAAUAUUGCAAUGGAGGAAAUCUCUAUGAUAAAAUCAACCAGCAAAAGGGGACACUUUUCACUGAGGAGGUGGCCAUAUGGUACCUGUACCAAAUUGCCUCAGCAGUAGCCCAUAUUCACAAGGCUGGCAUUCUGCACAGAGAUAUCAAAACGCUGAAUAUUUUCUUGACUAAGACCAACCUUAUCAAGUUGGGGGAUUAUGGCCUCGCAAAGAAGCUCGACUCUGAAUUUUCGAUGGCUGAGACUUGUGUGGGAACCCCAUAUUACAUGUCACCUGAACUGUGUCAAGGAGUGAAGUACAACUUCAAAUCAGAUAUCUGGGCCAUGGGUUGUGUUAUUUUUGAAGUCUUAACUCUUACCAGAACGUUUGAUGCAACGAACCCCUUGAACCUGUGUGUGAAAAUAGUCCAAGGCAAUUGGACCAUGGAAGUAAACUCGGAUGUUUAUUCCUCUGCAUUGAUCAAGCUGGUAUACGAGUGCCUCGAUCAAGAUCCGGCUAAGAGGCCCACAGCUGACCAGAUUCUAGACCAGCCAGUUGUCUCCUGCUGCAGACAGGAGUUUGAGGAGCGAGUUGUCUUGCUAAAUUCAGCAAUGAAGAAACCAAAGCUGAGCACGGUGACAGAGAGCCCUGUUGCAGUGGUGACCACACGCUCCAGGGAGGUGUACUUUUGGGGUGGGGGCAAGUUCACCCCCCAGAAACUGGACACUUUUAAAGGGGGCAACAGUGCUCAGCAAGUGUGUGCCAGCGAGAGUCACUUUGCGGUGGUGACUGUGGAAAAAGAGCUGUACACCUGGGCUAAUGUCCAAGGUGGGGCCAAGAUGGUAGGCCAGCUUGGCCAUGGAGACCAGGCCUCGUACCGGCAGCCAAGGAGGGUGGAGAAGCUCCAGGGGAAGGCCAUCCGACAGGUGGCCUGUGGGGCUGAUUUCUCUGCCUGUGUCACUGAUGAGGACCAGAUGUACAUGUUUGGGUCAGACUACUAUGGCUGCAUUGGCGUAGAGAGCGAGCUAGGCAUGGAGGUCCUGGAGCCGGUGCUUCUGGAGUUCUUUGAGGAGCGGCCUGUCUGCCAGGUGUCCUGUGGAGACAACCAUGUGGUGGUACUGACCCAGAAUGGGGAUAUCUACUCCUGGGGCUGUGGAGAGCACGGACGUCUUGGCCUGGACUGUGAGGAUGACUUUUCCUCUCCUAUGCAAGUGGAGAUCCCGAAAGGAGCCACCAUCUCCUCUGUGUCAUGUGGCAGUGAUGGAACCUUCUUUCUAACUGAGGCAGGAAAAGUACUGGCCUGUGGGAACAAUGAAUUCAACAAGCUGGGUCUGAGCCAGGGUAUCUCUGGUCUCAAAAACCAUCCCGGAGAGGGCUGCCAAGGAAUACCAUAUACCACUACACUCACGUUGGUUAAGCAGCUGGCCCGGUUCAAGAUUCAAGUCAUAGCCCCAGGAAAGACACAUACAGCUGCUAUUGAUGAAAGGGGCCGUCUCAUCACUUUUGGCUGCAACAAGUAUGGACAGCUAGGGGUGAAGGACUUCAAGAGACACCAAGGUGUCCAAGUGCUGGUGGGACCCUUUGGGGGGAAGGUGGUGUCCAAAGUAUCCUGCGGGGAUGGCUUCACCAUUGCAGCAACCGAGGACAAUCAGAUAUUUGCAUGGGGUAAUGCAGGAAAUGGGCGCCUUGGGAUGCCUGCUGACAAGGGCUUUGGCUCAGAGGUUUGCCCUGCCUUGCCAAGACCCAUCUUUGGCUCUCUCCACCAUGUGCCAGACCUCUCCUGCCGUGCAUGGCACACCAUCAUCAUAAUGGAGAAAGUGCUCAACUCUAAGACCAUUCGCUCUAACAGCAGUGGACUAUCAAUCGGACUGGGCCAGGAGGUAUCUUCCUCCUCUGUGGAUUUAGAGAUGGAGCCGGGUGCAGAGACGGAGUGUCGUGACAGGGGUCUGGGUGGCACAGUGGAGGCUGAUACCGAGGAGUGCCGCAUGGAAACCCCUAUGAUGUCAGUGGAAAACCAAACAGGAGACAGCUCCUGCCCUCUCUGGCUUAGAAAGGAGCUCCAGGAUGCUGAGUUCAUCCCCAUGCCAGUUGACUCCCGGGGCUCCACACCUGACCGGCUUUCUCUUUUCUCUGAGAGCAUCACUUUGCCUUAUGAUGAGCUACAGGAACUGAAGGCUGCGGCAGCGGCGGCUAAUACCGAGAGAGACCUCUCAGAAACUAAAAGGAUGGGCUGUGAUAAGGUAAACGGGAUGGAGCAGUCUGGAGUCUGCAAGAGAGGAGAGUCGGUUUCUUGCUGCGAAGCAAGUUGUGAAAUAGCCCAGUUGCGAGACACGGUCGCUCAUCAGGAAUUCAAGAUCCAGACGUUAGAGAAGCAGGUGAAUGACCUGCUGAAAGAGAACGAGAGGCUUUGGGCAGCAGUUAACCAGGUGUCGCUAAGAGGAGCGGGAUCAGAAAGUAAUGGAAAUCACCAGUCUGAUUGUGUGCCUGGGGAUGGAGGUGGAAGAGGAGGCGGAUUGACAAACCAUGGGGGCAGGUCUGCAGGAGCAAGUUCAUGAGCUAAUACCCGAGGAUGUUCUUAUGUGGUUAAAAAAAGCGUGACUGAGCUCUCGCCAAACGUGAAAGUAAAAAGGAUGUGACUGUCAGAGGAUGCGAAAUGGAUACGAAGGCGCAGUCAAGUUGAGAUGCUCAGAAGCAGUUUGCUGCUUCUACUUAAUCCAAGGUAGCCUCAUGCCCACUCACAAUGUAUUACAUUGUACAUGCUUGAUAUAGCACUAACUGCAUGAUUUUCAUUGUGUUUCAAUAUGUACGAUUAUAUCUUGUAUACUCUUGUAUGCACACAUCAACCUAACUCAUCUAGUUGCCGUGAUCUAGCUGUAGUUUAUACUGAGUACAAUGUUGGCUGGACUCAACAUAAAGCUUUACACCAAUGAGAGACAAUCUGAUUAUAGUGUUACUCUGCAAUGUGAAUUUUUAGUCAGUGUUUUUCUUUUUAAGGUUUAUGUUUUUUCGUUGUUGCUGCCUUGGUGAUGUCUACACUGAGUUUUUAGUCCCACCGCUCACAAGAAUUUGCUAGGAUUUAUCACAGAACAAGUAAACCCACCUCAUGCAACUAGUGUGGAAGCAUUUUACAUAAACGGUGUGUGUUUUGUAUGGUCGGCUAUUCAGAUAUGACGGGUUUAUUUUUACUUAUUCCAAAAGCAGCUCACGUAACGUUUGGAGUGAUACUGUAACUCGUGUCAAUGCCAUCUUCUAAUGUGAAAAUCUUAUUCGAUCACAUGUCCUGAUGCAUGCUCAAUAAUCCAGGUAAGAAAAUCAAAGAAGGUUGAAUCAGUUCAUCUGGAUACGUUUAUUGACAAUAAACAUGUGAUCUUAUUCGAUCACAUGAUUUCAUGAGUUGUUUCCAGCACAUCUAACAAACCUGUAAAGGAAAAACGGCAAAUACAAUAUAGUUUCUUUAACCGUUCGCAUUUAUCACAGAACGUGCCUAUUAUGAAAUCUUUUUCUAUGCAAAUAUUUACUUUUUAAUUUUUGUUUGUCGUAUUACCAUAUUUGCAAAAGGCAUUUGUGUGAAACAUGAAACUACUGAAUGGAUUUCGACAAGUACGUUACUUUAUGUUAUUGCCUUAGAAUGGUUGAAACUUUAUUAGAGUAACAAAUUAGUGAUACCCUCUGUGACACGUAUCAACACUUGAACAGUUCUCGUAGAAUGUGGACAGCAGUGUCUUUCAGUACUGUUAAUUUUAUGAUGCAUUUUUAACCAAUAUAUCAGCCUCUGGUACUUCUUAUGUAUGUUUCUGAAAUAUUUGUUCUUGGCUUAUUUUGGAUGAUUUGUGAAAGCAAAGUACUAAUCACGUUUUGUGUAUUUGUUUACGAUUGGUUGGUUACAGUGUUUAUUUUGAGUGUAAUCAUGAGAAACAAACAUUUAAAAACUUCAUUAUUUGUUCAUGUUAGCUCAUAAGCUAUUGUCUUGCUUAGUGUCUUGGUUUGUGAGCUUUUAAAUAAAAAAAAAAUACAACACUGGCAAACCUUUACAAUGCAACAUAAAUGACAGUGCCUUAGCACCUUACUGAAACAGAAGACGGCGCCGAUAUAACGAUGUGUUGCUUUCGUUUGUUUUAUACUCAUCAGCAUUUCAAAGAAAAAAUGCCUAAGCAUUUUUUGCAUUUGUUUAUACCUUUCAGCGUAUCAAAUAUUGAUUAGGUGUUACAUUGGUCUAUAUGCACAUUCAUUGCUUUGUGUAAAAAUAUGAAUAAAAACAA